AUUAUCGCUUAUAAGACUGACUGAAAAACCAUUUGUACAAUGUUUGGUGAUAGAGAAAAAUAUUGCUCAGAUAGAACAUUAUCAUGUUUUAAAAGUAGAAGACACUUACCUACUAAUGAUACUCUUGAUCAAUUUCCGCUUAACAAUCCAGAACACAGUGGUAUAACUCAUGUAUUACAAAAUCGUAGAAGUCAAGAAUUUAAAAAAGAUUUUGGGGAAAGUAGGGAAGAAGAAGCCUUAGCAAUUGAAAAAAAAGAUAUUGGAAAAGUAAUUUGUGUAGUAACUAAUAUUAAAAAGAAAGUAAGGGAUAAUUGGUUUCCUGGUUUGAUAGUCGCACCCACUUCACAAUCCUCAGUUAAAACUAAUUUUAUAGAAAACCAUCUAGUUCGUUCAUUUAAGGAUGGAAAAUACUAUACAGUAUCAAAAAAAGAAAUAACUGAAUAUACAAAAGAAAUUGGUACUAAAGUGGAAAAUCCUACGCUUAAAAUUGCGGUCAAAAAAGCCAAUUUCUAUCUUGACAAUGAUGAACUUCCGCCACACUGGGAUCGAGAUUUUUUAUUUGGUGUUGACAAAAUUUGUACUGCUACUAAUGAUUGCAAUAAUUUUGAUGAAGAAGAAUCAAUUGAAGAAAAAGAUUAUUUUGUUGCACAGUUAUUUAAAUUUAUGGAUGAUCGAGAAACUCCUCUUAAUCAAACUCCAAUGAUUAAUGAAAAGGAUGUUGAUUUAUUUAAAUUAUUUAAGAUUGUCAAUAAUUGUGGAGGAUACAACAAAGUUGAUAGAUGUAAUCAAUGGGUUUAUGUAUCAGUUAAAGCUGGUCACGAACAACAAUCAUUUUUAUCUGUCAAACAUUUCUAUCAAAAAUAUUUAUAUAGUUUUGAGAAUUUUUAUCGAAAACUAGGCUGUACAAUGUUAAAUCAUAAAAGAAAAGCAAGAUCACGCAACAGUUUUAGUCGCAGUAUUAUAAGAGAUAUUGAUAAAGCAUUACCUAGCACAUCAUCUAUUAUUGAUAAAAGUAAUUCUGCAAAAAAUAAAUUAAACAAUAAAAAGAAAAAAGAUUCCACAGGAACUAAAGAAGUAGUUAAAACUAUUAAAGUUGAAGAAAUAUGUCAAAAGAGUAAUGGAGAAACUUCAAAAAAAGAUGAAAUUAGCAAUAAAAUAUUACAUAAAAAAAAAUCAGUGACAUGGGAUCCAAACAUAAUAGAAAUUAAAAAUUCUGUUAAAAAUUUUAAAAUUAAAAAAGAAUUAAAAGAAAUUGAUACUGACAUACUAGAUGAUGUACAAAUCGUUGAAGAUAAAACAGUAGAAAAAGAAAAAAUUGCAAUAAUAAAAUCUGAAAAUAUUGAAUUACUAAAUACGAGUGAAAGUAAAGCUGAUGAAGUACAAACUAAAACUUUUUUAAAUAUAACUGUAUUCAAAAAUUCAAAGAGAGGAGGAUUGUAUUUUUUUAAGCCAGACAUUUCAAGUGAAAGAAAAUUCAGUGGAGUACCAAAAGCCACUAAAAAAAAGAAGAAUAUUAGAAAGAAGACUUCAAAGAAUAAUAUUAUAGUUGUUAAUGUCAAAGUUGAAACAUUUAAUGAAAACUCAACAGUGGUUGUUGGAGACGAUUUAUUAGUGUACUAUAAUCAAUACGAAUUUUAUGAAGCAAAAGUUCUUAAAAUUUAUAAUAAUUAUGGAGUAAUGAAAUAUUACAUACAUUAUAUAGGAUGGACUUUACGUUACAAUGAGUGGAUUGACAUAUCAAGAAUUGAAUUCAAAAUUAUAGGUUUUACAGAAGAAUUAGAAGGUCAUAACAACAUAGAUUCAUCUAAGAUUAGUCUUCCAGAACAAACAAAUUUGGACUCAAAAAAGGUUCUAUCAACAUCUAGUAGAACUAGAAGAUCAGCAGUUAUUCCAAUAAAAUCAUAUUCACUAAGAACAAAAACACCUUACGAUAGAACUCGACCUACUAGAGCAUGUACUUUGAGUAACCAACCAUUUUUUCAUAUUUUAGAUAAUUAUGAUUCAGAAACCGAAUACUCAGAAAGAACUGUAGAAUCAUUCAAGCAAUAUAGUAAGAAAAAAACAAUCAAAAAUGAACCUGAUGUAGUCAUAAAACCAAAGCCUUUAAAAACUAAUAAUCAAAAAAAAAAUUUGUGUUUAAAAACAUCCCUAAAUAAAAAUAUGUUCUUGCAAAGAAAUUUGUCUAGCAAACCAAAGUUAUCUGGGUUUAAAAUUUGUGAUAAUAAAUCUGAAGAAAUCAAGAUUCGUGAACAAGAUACAUUAAAACCAUUACUUGAUUUAAAUUUUAUGAUUCCAUCACAAAAUUAUAGUGCAAAAUCAAAUGCAGAUAAUGAAAAUGUAGAAGUACAGUAUGAAAGUAAAAUUUCUGAUGUUACUAUAUUUGAACCAAAAAUUACUCCAAAUCAUUUGUUUCUUGAAGAUAAUGUUAGAAAAAAUCUAGAUAAAAUGUCUGAAUCCUCAAAAAAUCUAAAUGAAGAAAUCAGAAUUAAUGCCAAGCGAUUGACGGUGACAAAAAAAUUAAAAAAUUUUAACACCAUAUACUACUCGUCGUCCUCUGAAGUUGAAGAACAAAAUGAGUUUAAAAAAGUAACCAAAGUCAUCUCUUCUUCGUUGGAUGAUAAAUCUGAUAAGUCUAGAAUAUCUGGACCUGAUUUUUAUUUAAACAAAAUAAGAUCAGAUAUGAAAGAACCUAUGCUAAUUUCAACAAAUAGUAAUAAUGAUAACAUCAAAAAAACCAACAACUUGAAUCAACAAUUAAAGAUUAAAGUUUCAAAAAGUUAUGAACCAAUCACAGAUGUUUAUGAAUAUAAAGAAUCUGAAUCAUGUAAUUUUGAUGAUAUUUCUUCUGAUAUUGAUUCCUCAAAAUUGUCGAACUCAGAGAAACUUGAUGAAUUGCCUAAAGUUAUACAUUCUUCAGCGCAAGUGGAAGUGAUUAAUAAAAAUAAAUCUACAGUACCAUUUUUUCCUAUUCUCUAUAGUAUGGAUUCAUUUGAUAAUAAAAUUGGGAUAAAAAUCAAUGAGAAUUUGAACCAUAUUAAUAAAAUCCAUGAUUCAAAUGCUCAUAACGAAUCUGAUUAUAUUUAUGAUAACGAUGACGAUGAUGACGAUGAUGACGAUGAGGAUGAAUCAAGAUUGGUGAUAGUGGAAGAUCCUGAUUAUGAAAGUGAUGAAAACAUACAAGCACAAUCCCUGUCACCACUACCAUCAAGUAUACAUCCUAAUGAAUUAGAGUUCAAAAGUUUAUAUCCAAUUAAAAAAAAUAACACUUCACUGGUAGAUACAGAUGACGAAAGUAUACGAAAUGAUCUUAUUACUAGUGUUCAAAUGUCUUCAUACUCUAAAAGUUAUGGUUAUGAAGUUGAUAAAUCUAUGGUGCUACCAGAAUUACAAUUUAGAGAAAAAAUGGUAGAUAAAAAUGUUCUAGAUAACACUUUAGUUAUAGAGAACAAUCAUUAUGUUGCAGAAUAUGACAUUUAUAAACCUAGUACUAGUAAAGGUUUAUUUCAUUCAAUAAGUCAACCCAGUACUAGUAAGGAUGGUUGCUAUGAAACUAGUACUAGUGGUGAUGCAAAAAAUAAAUCUUUUGUAGCUAAACAAGCUUUCAAUAAUAUGAUUUUUGACACUAACAUUCCUUGCAAAAGUAAUUUACUUAAUCACAACAUUCCAAGUACUAAUGAAUACAAUUUUUAUGAAAACUCUAUACCUAGUACUAGUAAACAAUUCUAUAAUCCAGAAGCUGAUGUAAAUAGCAUACCAUUUUAUGAAGAAACCAUACCAGAUAGUUCAGCUAGUAAACUAGCAGAGCAAUAUGAACAAGAGAAUACAAUCAGGAUAUUUGGAAAAUUCAAUAAUAAUGAAAUAGAAGCUAUUUUAGGCAUGUGUGCUAUGUCUCAAACUUGUCAUAUGCCAAUGGUUAUUACAGCAAAUGUUAUUGAAAAAAAAACAGAAGAAAACACUAAUACUCAUCAAAAUGAGAAUCUAAGACCUACAAAAAAUCAUGGUACAAAUAUGAAUGAACCUUCAGUCACAGGAAUAGUAAAGCUAUCAGAAAAAUCACUAUUCAAACGCAGUACAAGUAACAGUCCUAAGCAAUCAUCAAAACGUCAAAAAUCAUCUUCUGCUACUGCAUCUAAUCAUUUUUAA